AUGGCAGUGACUCGUUUGGUAUGGCAAGCAGCUACACCAUCAAGCAUGCACCGGUUCAAGUUUAAAACUGUAGUUUAUUUCUCAUAUCAGUCCAGACUGUCAAGUUCCAAGGUAGUUCAUGCACUUCCAAGACGGAUCGAUCCGUUGAGCUCGCUUGAGGAUUGGGAUGAACAGGCAGUCUCGCAAGAGACUGCUCGAACUCGCAUACUGCAAGGAAAGCUAUCUAGAUUUAGUAGAACGCUACGAGAUGAAAUGCGCAGAAUCUAUCCUCGGACAAGAGCCUUUCCUUGUACAGAUAUAGUAGAUGGUUACGAGUAUCGAACCAGUUUUGAAAACGGUGCAAUGGUAGUCAGUCGUCAAAAAACCAAUACUGCAGGUUCUUGUGAAAUAGUAUUGGAUAGUCGAUGGCUUGGAUGGGGAUCGAGAGGGAAAACAGUCAGUAAAGCAGUGGUCAGUGACGAUCACAACAAGAUCGCCUUUCUUCAAACUCGACCUCAAGAUGAGCAAGGCAGUCUGGUGAUUCGCACGUUAAACUCGAAUGCUCCAGCCAUGUUUACCUAUUCCCAAUCCAUCCCAAACGUCUUUAAUUUUGUUUGGGCGAAUAACUCAAAAACCAUAUAUUUUACUCGCUUGGACGACGUGCUGAGAUCGUCCAAAGUAUAUCGAAUAGAUGUUGAUUCGCCACAUGAAGAAACUGUAGUGUACUCAGAAAUGGAUAUCUUGUAUUUUGUAGAUCUUGCCAGAAGCAAAGACAAGGACAGUCUAUUUUUGCUACACAAUUAUGCUUCAACUGAAUUGAAACUAUACAGGACAUCACUGUCAACAGUCUUGACUGGUAAAGCCAUCAAUCUUGAAUCUGACACAUCAAUCGUGGCCGCACCUGGAUAUGAGGAAAGUAUUGACGAUGUGGAGAUUUUUCCGAGUCAUGCAGUUUUGACUAUGAAACGACAGGGCCAGCCAUUUAUUCGCUCCAUAGAUCUUGUCAACAUGUUGGCAAAUGAUGUUUUUCUUUCUGAUUCAUCUGGUGUGAUUUCACCUGAACCCAACAUUGAUCUGACAUCCAACACGUUUCGAUUUUCCUAUUCAUCACCCUUUGUUAUCCAAGCCGUCUAUGAGCUCAAUCUUGUGUUGGGCAAGUUGAUAAACUGGCAAGAUAUUCGACCGUGCAUGGAUACAAACAACUUUGUAAUAGAAAAACAAACGAUUCCGUCAAGAGAUGGAACUUGCAACAUACCCAUAACUAUUUUGAAAAACAAAAACAUUAGCCAUAGUCCAAGCAACCCAUGUGUGAUUUUGGUGUAUGGAUCGUAUGGCUAUUGUAUCGAGACAAGUUUUCGAGUCGAGUUAUUGCCUGCUUUAUCUAGAGGUGUCACGGUAGUUUUUGCACAUGUUCGUGGUGGAGGAGAAUUGGGAAACAGUUGGUAUCACAAGGGUCGUGCUGAAAACAAACUGUGCUCAUUCACUGAUUUGGAAGAUGUAGCAGAUAUGCUUAUUUACAAAAAAUAUACAAGUUCUGAGCGGUUGGGUGGUAUUGGAACCAGUGCAGGGGGAAUGCUUCUUGCUGAUUUAUUCAAAGCGCUGGUACUUCGUGUAUCAUUUUUAGAUCCAUUGACGACAAUGUUGGAUCCAAACAGUUCGCUAUCGGCAGGAGAAGUGUUGGAAUGGGGAAACCCAUUAAAAGAUUCUGCAGCGUACCAGCUAAUGAGCUCAUACUCGCCAUACGAUAAUCUAGAUGGAAAAUUACGUACAGCUGUACUUGCCACGGCUGGAAGUGACGAUCAGCGUGUUCCACCAUGGCAUGCGCUAAAAUACAUUGUUCGAAUGCAUGAGUUGGCUCAACAUAGCGGAACUGCGUCAAACGGAUAUUUUAAACUAUAUGCUGAUCGUGGACACAACCAAGGAAGUGGCGAUAAUAUUGAUGAACAUGCCUUUGAAUAUGCAUUUUUAUUAAGCAAAUUGGGCUGUAAAUAA